UUAAACAAUAUGGCGCUAAAGAUGAAAUUUGUGGAGUUACAGGUACAUCAUCUCAGGAUAUGAAGAAAUCAGUGGUUCACAGGUGAAUUAGAGGAAAACUGACAACAAUGGCAACUUCUAGUAAAACAGAUUUGUUUGUGUUUGGUGCCCAUGGUCAGAAGCCAUUACAUGAACAUGUUACCCCUCACAAGGUGGCCCUGCUGGCACUAAUAUACGAGUACUGUGAAAUGAAGAAAAGAGACACAACAGAACAAAUGGUUGGGAUUGGUCAUCAGUUACAUGGAUACAUGUUCCAGAAAUUCACAGAAACUGAAAAACGUGAUUUCAUGACCACAAUAUUGAAAUUAUUACAGAGCCCAGAUUUAUCCUUAAAAGAACUACUAGAACAAGUACAGUCCAUCUUACAGCCUACUCUACUGGAUAACUUUACAGACAAGUUGAGAGAAUUCUACAUGGAAGGUGUACUGCCAUUUAUGGACUUUUUUCAAGAGCUACAAAGAAUUUUACAACCCAAUGAGACAAUUCCUGAUCCUGUGAUUGUUGGCAGUAGUGUACUGGGUUUAUUUCUUCGACGGAUGAUACAUGCAUUUGACAAGUUAUCCUUCAGCCAGGUGACAAAGUUGUAUACACGAUACAAGGAAUACUACGAAGCCUUUAAUGCCCCGCUAGCUGCAGAGGAAAGUGAUAACUUUGGGGGCUCGCUCAUUGAUUCUAUCACUAGUCAGUGUGGCAAGCUCACAAGGAGUGGACUGGCCAAGUCAUAUGACCCCAGUAACCUUGGUGAAGGAAAGUUUGGAGAAUUUGAAGGUGGAUUUUACUCUCACAAACAGGCUGAAUACUUCAUAUCCAGACAGGGGUUUCUACUACAACACAAUGAGAGUGAGGCUUUACCUCCCACUAAACUGCAGGAGAAAAUAACAGAUAUGUUAAAAUCUAACCCAGAUAUUGCAGAGGCGCACUUCCUGAGUUAUCUGAACAAUUUACGAGUGCGCGAGUACUGCACAGCUGUACAUAAUUUGUACCACUACUUUGAUCGUAACAAUACACUGUCUGGGGGCAAUGCCAUGCAGAUAAAUAGUAAGAACCGUGAAGAGGACAACAUCAGCAGGAGAUAUGCAGCCCUCAAUCUUGCAGCUCUACACUUUCGAUUUGGACACAGAGAUGAAUCUCUGGCGGCACUUCGAGAAGCUAUCAGUAUGGCCCAGGAAACCAACGACCAUGUUUGUCUACAGCAUGCAUUGAGUUGGCAGCACAGGAUAGAGGAGCCAGGAUCAGCUAGAACAGCAAGUUUGAUGGCACAGUCUAUAGGCAAAAGUCUUGAUCUCUCUCUCCCAAAUAUCACAUCUCUUGGAAUUCAAGCACUUGCUCGUCAUAAUGCUUUUGCUACCGCCAAGCCUGCAAGUGUGUUUGACUUCCUCCUGAAGAGUGACAUAUUGAACUGCCAACACUCACAGUCCCACUUUAUGUGUGUGAGUUAUGCCCAGAAAGGUGCACUGUGGAACAUGUACGGCAAAAGAGAGAACUCCUCCAUGUCUAGCCAGCUGGUUCUGAACCUAGACACAUCAGACAGUGGUAUUUACCACAAUGGGGAGUCUGUGUGUAUCUCACUAUGUGACAUGGCCAGACACUUUUCUGAUCAGGGUCAUUACUCUUCCGCCCUAGAUAUCAUUAACACGGCAAAACAGAGGUUCCCUUCUCACACACAACAUGCACACAUAUGGAUGUCAUGUGAACAGGAGAUCCAAUUUGAUAAAACGCUUCUCAAUAGAAACUGGACGGCAACUGAGCAGGCUGUCAACAACCUUCGGGGACUGGAUGAGGACGAGGCCUGUCUUAGGAGUGCCAUGCUCAACAAAGAGAAAGGAGACAUACCCACUGCCCUCAACUCCCUUCACAGCCUGAUGGAGAAAUAUCGACAAAACCAGUCUAAAUACACUCCAGACUAUCCCUGCAGAGUGCUGCUGACAUUGGCUGAGCUGUACAUACAGACAGGAAACCACACGUCGGCUUUAUCUCAUGUCCUCGAUUGUCUCACUCAUGCUAAAGAGCACCACCUCCAGUACACUAUUGCUAUAGCUACUGUACAUCUUGCUUUCAUCCAGUUCCAGAUGAAGUUGCCAGAGCAGGCUCUCAAACUUUUACACACUCAGAUGGUUCAGAUAUUCUCUCAUGGAAGUAUGUAUGAUCAGGCUCGCACUAUGUACUGCUAUGCUCGCUGCCAGGUGGCUGCUAAUGCAGACAGUCCCCAAAAAGAACGCAAGACAGCAUUGUUACUUGCCAUCAACAUGAUUGCGAACGUGAUAGAGAAGUUCAAGAAAAUUGAUGCUUCCUUAAGAGUGAAGGAUGCUACAUAUUACUUAGCAAGACUAUAUAAUGAACUGGGUUACACGUCGGAGCGAAAUAAAUGUGCUUAUCAGUUCAGACAACUGGACCUACAGUUUCCUACACAAAACAGAGUAAUAGUUAAUGCUUUGUAAGAGGAAAGGACAUGUAUAAGUAGAGUUGUUCAACUCCUAGACUCUAUGCUUCAAAACAUUGUGGCACCAUCAGAGAAAACUUCAACAUCAAAUACAUGUCACUUGUGUGAAAAUUUUACAUGGCAAGAACUGCAGACUUUUCUUGGACCUCCUUGGCCUCUUUACGAGUCUACAUGAUAAAGAUGUUUUCCAUUAUCAUCUCAAAGAUAAAAUAAAAUAAAUUUUCUGUUGAA